AUAACAUAAAUGAUAUUGAGGUAUUUAAAAGAUGGGAGUGAGCCAGUGUGUUUGGGUUUGUUUGUUAGUUGGGUGUGUCUCAGCACACUCCAGCAGUCUAUUUAAUACUCAAUUAUUAAUAAAAAAUGUGAAUGCGGCCAAUGCAAGUUGGACAGCUGGACAGAACUUUGCUGAUGACAUCCCGAUUGCCUAUAUUAAACAGCUGUUAAAUCCUGUAUUUCCGAAGAAAAGGAGUUUUAAGGAGUAUAGAUACAUAAAAGAUGAUGAACCAAUACCAGAACAGUUUGAUUCAAGAGAAAAUUGGCCUAAAUGCAGUUAUAUUCCUCAUAUUAGGGAUCAAGGAUCUUGUGCAUCAGGCUGGGCUGUUGCAGCUGCAACAACAUUUUCUGACCGUUAUUGCAUAUUUUCCAAAGGAAAUUUUUCAAAACCAUUUUCGUCCUAUCACUUAUUGACAUGCUGUGAAAAGUGUGGUGAUGGCUGCAAUGGUGGGCUCGAUUAUAAGGCGUGGGAAUUUUUUGAGGAGAACGGCAUUGUCACCGGAGGAGAUUAUCAUUCGCAUUCUGGUUGCCUACCAUACCAACUGAAGCCUUGUCAACACAACCCCCAAAGCAAACAACCUCAGUGUUUAAUAUUUCAGAAACACACUACUCCAAAAUGUGUCAAAACUUGUGUCAAUAAAAGAUAUCAUGUCAAAUUUUAUAAUGACCAUAGAAAAGUAAAUAAUAUUUACUACCUACCAAAAGAUACAAAGCAAAUUCAAAGAGAGAUAAUGAAAAAUGGCCCAGUCCAAGCUGCAUUUGUUGUUUAUGAAGAUUUCGUUGUAUACAAAUCCGGUGUUUAUCAUCAGACGACCGGCAACGCUUUGGGAGGCCAUUCAGUACGGAUCAUCGGAUGGGGAAAGAACAUCUUACAGGAUGAACCGUAUUGGCUUGUGGCGAAUUCAUGGAACACCAACUGGGGUGAUCAUGGAUUUUUCAAGAUCCGAAGAGGUACAAAUGAAUGUGGAAUUGAAGACGAAGUAAUAGCAGGAGAUCCAUUAAUUACUUGAAAAUUUCAAACAUUUAUUUUUAAAUUUUACAUAGUAAAACCAUGCAGAUUAUA